AUAAGUCAAUAAAAGACUGUUUCUUGACUUUAGUUUUCUGCUCCUGUUUAGGUUUCUGAACGUUCCCCGGAAUACAAACAAUAAGUGCUUCAUCUGCCAACAAAUUAUUAACGAAUAAUUGUAAUAAAUUAAUUAGUAGUACCUUGAAAUAGUUAUUGGGCAGAAUUUUCUCCUCUCCUUACUGGUUUUUGUACCCAGUGAGACUUAAAUAACUAAAUCAGUACAAAAUGUCUGAUGCAGAGGUUGAAGUUCCUUCUACGUUUAAGAAGAGAACCAUUAAGAAUAGAGGAGGUAGAAAGCGCAAAACGUCCAGUUCAGAAGAUAAGAACAGCUCAGAUUCGGAUGAACAGACCGUUGUUUUACCAACCAAGAGGCCUCAGAAGGCUAACCCUAACAUACAGUCUACGGGCACGAAGAGACAAAGGCCUGAGAUACAUGAUGAUGACAGUAGUGGUGAUGAAGACAAACCAAAGCAGAACCUGACACUAUCAGUGCAGCAACAGCGGGAAAAUGCCACUGCCACAUAUGAACUAGAUACAGAAAGAGACCGGGAUGCACAGGCCAUCUUCGAGAAAGCGCAGAAGAUCAAUGAAGAGCUGCAGGGACAGGCAGAUGAUAAGGUAUACCGAGGAUUGAAUAACUAUGCACAAUACUACAAGAAGCGGGAUACAGCUGCAGGCAACGCUAGCUCCGGCUUAGUGAGAAAAGGUCCCAUCAGGGCUCCAGCUAAUCUAAGAGCCACUGUCAGAUGGGACUACCAACCAGACAUUUGUAAGGAUUAUAAAGAAACCGGAUUCUGUGGAUUUGGAGAUUCCUGCAAGUUCUUACACGACCGCUCGGACUACAAGCACGGCUGGCAGCUGGAGCGAGAAGAGGUGGCGCCCGAGGGCGGCGGGGGGGACUCCGACUAUGAGAUCCAUAGCGAUGAUGAGUUGCCGUUCCGAUGCUUCAUCUGCCGCGGCAGUUUCACGGACCCCGUCGUGACAAAAUGUAAACAUUAUUUCUGCGAGAAAUGUGCUCUAGAUAACUACAAGAAAUCAACUCGUUGUUUCAUUUGCAACACACAGACCAACGGAGUGUUUAACCCAGCAAAGGAACUGGAGGCCAAACUGAAGCAGAGAGCUGAUGAUGAUGAUGAUAACGAUGAUGAUGAUGAUUGAUAAUAAGAUUAAUAAAUUAUUUAAAAUAA